AUGGGCAGCUCAGGCCUCCAGCCGCCGAAGUUUCACAGCGAGGUCCGGUCCAUCACGUUCGCCCGCGCUACUGGAGCGAGCCCCUUGCCACAUCGGACUCUUGCGCGCCAAACUCGCCUAUUAAUGGGGCCUUUCUGCACAGGCAAGGUCUACAAAAUCUACGCAGGCAGGGCAGGCAAGGUCUACAAAAUCUACGCACGAGGGGCCGCUGCUGCUGGGGGCGGCGCAGCUAUUCAUCUGGGAGGCCGUAUUUCCGGAUGGCCGCGGCCGUCACCAGGGGCAGCGUCACAACAGCCGUGUGGCGACUGCCGCCGGACGUGUCAAGCACCGCCGUUCCGUGGAGCUUGUCAGACAUCCACGUCCACAUGCAGUCGGGCUGCAGCACCAAGUAGAAGCCUUGCUCUGGCAGCGCAAAUAUCCACUCGCCGACGACGGUUGGCGGAGCGCGACCUUGCGGGCCUGAAGCUCCUCCGGAAGCUCCUCCUUGGGGGUCAGCUUCCAUAUGGCGUGGCCUGGUUGGUCGUGGCAAACAGCGGGGGGGAGCUCAUCGGACUGUGGCCCGUACACCUCUGGCAUGGACAUCAUCGGGUAGGCCGCCGCGGUGGGGUUGGGUUUGGUGAGCUCCCGCAGCAAUCACUUGGUGAACGCCUUUCCCCUGGCGACGCGAAACUUCUUUGCCGAAAUGCCCCUCGGCUUCGUCGGUCUCUUCCCAAACCCCGCAUAGACAAUCUUGCCCUCCCAGCCAUCGCACGAGGCGGGCGUUGGCACCACGAUGUGAACAGCCGGGCGGCUAGCGGAGGGCCGGGGGUCGACCGAGAAGUCGGCCGCAGUAAGACCGCCAUCGGUGAUCGCGGCGAUGAUGUCGGACUGGCGCCCAAUGUGGUGCUUGGCGCGCUUCUUGUGGUGACGGGACCGCGUUGGCCUAUUGAUCCACCAGCCCCAAAGGGUGAAGCUAGCAUCCCGGGCGGCAAGGCCGGCGUCUACCAGCAGCGGAUACAAAAAGGCCACCGUGUUGCCGAAGAUAGCUGUGGCGCAGCCCUCCCCCAUGCCCAUCAGAAGAGCCUCGACCGCGGUGGGUGCAACGGGGGGCGUGGCCUGUGGCGUGGUGGAGGGGAAGGGGAGGGGGAAGGUGUUAGCGGCCCAGCCCUCGCGAUCGCAAUCACCGACGCGGCACAGCAGCAUGCCCAGGCAGCGCAUCCCAUACCGGUCGACCCCCCCCGCAAGCGGCGGUUGUGCUCGAGAUCAGCGCACUGCAGCAUGCCCAGACAGCGCACCCCAUGCUGGUCGACCUCCCGCAAGCGGCGGCCGUGCUCAGCAUGGGCUGCGAGCCCAGGCGGUCAACACCCGGCAGAGACGCCCACGGCUACACAGCGGCCACUCACCUCAUCAGCGCUGAGCAUUCUCAGAGCGUGCUCUGUCCAAGCGGCGGCAAAGGCGCCCGGCCCUAGCCGGUCAAACAUGGAAGCGGCCGGCGAGGUCCGCGCGCUGACAAACCCCCUCCUUGUCAUGGGCUGGCCGCCAUACUCGCCGUAUGGCCGCACCUUUGGCAAGACGGCAAGCAAGGAGGAAGUGGCAAGCUUCUCGCUGUACUGGGACUGCAUUCAGCUCUGUUGGCGCGAGGACGUGAGCAUCGACGAUCUUUUCGCGGAAGAAAGGCCCGGGGACCCGCUGGCAUCUGUGCCCGGCGUGACCAAGAACGGCUGGGAGGGGCCAGGGCCCACGGCUGCUCAGAUCGAGGCGCUUUCUGGCUCCCCAGUCAGCGGGGUCGGCGAGGGGGCAUCGGGGAAGGUGGCCAUGGAGGCGGCGGAAGGGAUGGGGGAGGAGGUGGGAGAGAAGACGGCGGAGAAGGCGGCGGAGAAGGCGCCGGGGGCGGCUGAGGCUGGGAAGCGCAAGCGCGCAGAGGAGGGGGAGCCGGAGCAAGCGCCCCCCGAGAAGAGGGCCAAGCCCACUGCAGCCGCGGAGGAGGAGGGGUCGGAGGAGGAGGGGUCGGACAAGGAGGGAUCGGACAGGGAUAGGAAUUGGGUGGAGGAUAUGGCCACGCUAUCUCUUCGCCUGACCCAGGCCUGCCAAAUGGCGGACUAUCACGGAGGGUUCAAGGGGAGGUACGAAGCCACAGGCGGCCCCGAGGCCUCAAAGCUGCUCGAUGAAACCAUGCACCUAUUCAGAAAGCUCGCGCGCUCAGAGGCCAAUGGCGGGAAAGGGGGCAAGAAGGCGAUCAGGCAAAACAUGGCAACUUUGGGGAAGGCAGCGGACCGCAUAUGGGAAGGCUACAGGGGCGUCGCAGACGACACUUACGCAAGCAUGCAGGAAGCGGCAAAGCAGGGGAGACGAGAGGCGAAACAACGGGCACCCAAACCCAAGCUGGCCGCACCAAAACUGGCCAAAGGGGAGGAGUACUUGCUUGACAACACCAAGGCGCGCGAGCACUGGCAGGUGGCGCCCCUGACGAGCAUCGGAUUCAAUGCAAAGGGUGUCCCAAAGUCAUGGGCGGAGGCUGUGAUGGAUGAGUGCGCACGCCUGGCCCAGUAUGGCGACGUUGGCCCCUUCACUCUGCCGCCGACCGUGCUUGGCCUCUACCCAAACCUGAAGGAGGCGGGGAGCGGGUGGAUGGGCGCGCCCGACAUGGCCAGCCUAGUGGGGAACAUGGGCGGCAGGCCGAAGAGCGCAAGCAAUUGGCUGUCGCUGACAACAAUAUACACGUACGUCGACACCCUGGCAAAGUCGGCGGCCGUGACCCGGAGGGAGACAGGGCAACCCCUACGACGCAUGUGGAUGGCCGGCGAGGCGCUGCUGAUCGGGGAGGGGUGUUUGGCUCCCGCAUACAGUCACCCGUUGCCAGCAGAACACGACGUCGCCCACUUCAUCCUCCACAGAAACCGCAACCAUUUCGCCUCGUACUGGUAUGACCGGACAGAUGGCCGGCAUUACUUUUAUGACUCCAUGUUCGGCAAGCGAUCGGGGAACAUGAACGCGGCCGUAUGGACCGAAGACAUUUGCUGGCGCAUCGUGUGCAGGGUGCGGUACAUGAUCCACUGUGGGUUCAUGCUGGCAGGUGGGCCCACGUCCCCCCCCAUCUAUGUGUCGCACCCCCGACAGCAGGACAUGGACUCCUGCGGGGUUCUGUCGUGCUGCAUGGCCAGCUGGAUUAUUCACGGCACAGUGGGGGAGGGCGAUGCAAAGGGGGCGCUUGUGCUCCCGGCCACGUAUUCCACCAGUCAGGUCAACGUUGCGCGCUGGACCAUCAUGUGGACCAUUCUGCACGGGAAAGCAUCAAACAUCACGGCCGUGGGCAAGGAUCAAGGGGGCACGGAAGGCUGGGCGGCCCCUCUGGGCGACGUGGCCAGCUGGGUGGCUGGUGGACGGAAACCACCGGCGGCCACAAGUGCAGCGACCCGCGCGGCAGAGUCGAAAACCACAGAAGCCGUGGCAGGGAGCGCUGGCGGCAGGGAGCCGUCGGUCAAAGCGGUCGGCGGUGAUGGUUGA